ACAAGCAAAGUUGCUGAAGUUUAACAAGAAUAAAACAGAAAUUACUCGGGCCUGAAACUUUAACCUGGAGGCUUCGCCGUGCUCUCAUCAGUCUCAUCAUCCAUUUGUGUGCCUCGUGUUAUUUGAGCCUAAUAUGUCAGACGCGACCCUAAAACUGAAAUCUUGACCGUAUUGGCAGCUAUCAGCCUCCUUUUUCAAAGGUCAGAGCGAUUUCACCCUUCAUCAAAUUCAAGUGAACAUUAGACGAGCGAAGGCUUCCUGUUCUUAGUGGCGUAGUUGAAAUGAUGCUUCCUGUCAGCAGACGUUAAGGUAAAGGCAGUCUCUUCAGUGUGACGUCACUGCCACUUGCUCGACUCGAAACCAAAGGCGAGGUUUAGAGUUUGGGGAACAAGUCCAGGAAGCUGUGUCAACCGAUAAGACAGAGAACUUAUGUCGCUUUAACACAGACAGCUUUUUCUAUGUUAGGUUAGAAUUGAGGUAAGAUUUGGAAAUAGGUUUUGGCGUGCGACGACCUGCCGGCUGCUUUCACUGUACGGUGUGUGGCUGUACACACCCUGACUCCUGGACAUGGCAGGUCUUUGGGGUCUGAAGAUGCUGUUCUGGGCCGGGAUCAUCGGUUUGACCUACUCUCAAACCACAAUAAUUCCAGAUGACAACAAAGCCUCCUCACCUCCACGCACGGCUACAAAUGCUACAGUAGCCAAUUCAACAGCCUCCUCCUCACCUCCACGCAUUUCCACCAGUCCUACAGUAGCCACGUUGUCUGACUCCUCACCUUCAUCCAUGGCCCCAAAUGCUACAGUAGUUAGUCCAUCAGUGAAUUCAACUGCCACGUCUGCAACCAUGGCUCCUACUGCAAGCACCUCAAAUGAGACCUCACUCACAUCCACUCCACCCAGCAACUCAUCUGACUCUCAGGCCUCACCUACAGGCACCACAGUGACAGCUACCACUGAAGCCACCGAGACGACUCCUGAGCCUCCAAAGUGUGACUGUUUUCAACGGAUACUUUGAAAGCCAACCGGGCAGAGGAACAGCUGAUACUCGCUAUAAUGACAAAGCUGUCAUUGGGUUUCUGGUCUUCCUCAUCAUCCUCACGUCUGUGGCUCUACUUUUUGUCAUCUACAAGAUCUACAUUUUGAAACGCAGACAGUCCCAUGACCUGGGAGAAAGCAUGAUGCUUAUUUCAACAACAAAUGAUGAAGAAAACCUGUUGCUUGUUGAGCCGAUCGCAGCAGAGGUCCUGCUGGAAACCUACAAGAGGAAGCUCGCUGAUGAGGGGAGACUUUUCCUGGCUGAGUUUCAGAGCAUCCCAAGAAUUUUCUCAAGAUACACGGUGAAAGAGGCCAAGAAGUCCUGCAAUUCUAUCAAGAACCGCUACGUGGACAUUCUGCCCUAUGAUUAUAACCGUGUCCAGCUAACCACAGGAAAUGGAGAGCCAGGAUGCGACUACAUCAACGCCAGCUUCGUUGACGGAUUCAAAGAGUCUAAAAAGUACAUCGCAGCUCAAGGACCAAAGGAAGAAACUAUAAAUGACUUCUGGAGGAUGAUCUGGGAACAGCAGUCCUCAAUUAUCGUCAUGGUAACACGAUGUGAGGAGGGAAACCGGGUUAAAUGUGCUCAGUACUGGCCGUCUCCUGACCGAGAGACUGAGCUUUAUGAGGAGUUUAUUGUGAAGCUGAACUCAGAGGACCACUACCCAGAUUACACCAUCCGCCGUCUCAGCCUGACAAACAAGAGAGAGAAGAACUCAGAGAGGGAGGUGACCCACAUCCAGUUCAUGAGUUGGCCCGACCACGGAGUCCCUGGAGAGCCACACCUCCUCCUGAAACUGAGGCGGCGCGUCAACGCCUUCAAGAAUUUCUUCAGUGGGCCGAUCGUUGUUCACUGCAGCGCGGGGGUCGGCAGGACAGGAACCUACAUUGGCAUCGAUGCCAUGAUGGAAGGUCUGGAGUCAGAGGGCAGAGUGGACAUCUACGGUUACGUGGUCAGACUCCGCAGACAGAGAUGCCUCAUGGUCCAAGUCGAGGCCCAGUACAUCCUGAUUCACCAGGCCCUGCUGGAGCACAACCAGUUUGGAGAGACAGAGAUCAGCCUGUCUGAGCUGCACAGCACAAUGAACACGCUCAAAGAGAAAAACUUGGACGACGAGCCCACGCUCAUGGAGGAGGAGUUUGAGAGACUCCCCACCUUUAAAAACUGGAGGACGCUCAACACAGGACUGACCGAAGAAAACAAGAAGAAGAAUCGUUCUUCGUCGGUCAUCCCCUAUGACUUCAACCGCGUGCUCCUGAAGCUGGAUGAAGGACGAAGUCAGGACAGUGACCCUGACGAAGACGAUGAGGAGGAAGAUUCUUCAGAUGAAGAGGAUGAAGACUCCACUCAAUACAUCAACGCCUCGCACAUCACGGGAUACUGGGGCUGCCGUGUCUUCAUAGUGGCGCAGACCCCACUGGCAGACACCACGGGGGACUUCUGGUCGAUGAUUUACCAGAAGAAAGUUUAUACUGUCGUCAUGCUUUCAGACAGCAGUGAAGGAGACACGGACUGUAUUUACUGGGACAAAGAGAAGAAGAGCUUUGGGGAGAUUGAGGUGGAGGUGACGAGCACAGACAACUCGCCAAAUUUCAUCAGACGCACCAUGCAGAUCCGCCACGUCAAGAGGAAAGACAGACGGGAGAUAAACCAUUUCCAGUUCCUGAAGUGGACGAGCAAAGAGGAGGUGCCGGAGAAACCUCAAGACCUCACAGACAUGAUCAAGGACAUCAAGCAAAACUGCGGCACCAGCAGAUCACAGAGGAACAACCCCAUAGUGGUCCACUGCGACGACGGCUCGUCCCGCUCGGGGGUUUUCUGCGCACUGUGGAACGUGCUGGACAACGCUGAGAGCGAGAAGCUGGUGGAUGUUUUCCAAGUGGUCAAAACUCUGCGCAAAGAGAGACAGCACAUGGUCUCCAGCCUGGAGCAAUACCAGUUUAUAUAUGACGCCGUGGAGGCCGUGUUCCCCGUUCAAAACGGGGAAGUGAAACCGGUGCAGGCCUCUGCAGCCGACUCGGUGCAGAUCGUCAACGAGACGAAAGCGGCCGAGCAGAAAGACGAAGGCAAGGCUGAGGAGCCAGCCAGCACUACCAGCAACGAGCAGCAGGCGGCAGCAGAGAGCACUCCUCUGGUGCCUGACAAAGAAGAGAAGAAAGAGGAGGCGGAGAAAGAGGCCCCACCCACGGAGACCACGCCGCUGGACGACACCAGCAACGGUCCCACUGUCACGGUGGAGGUGUGAGGGUGCCGGCCGUGACUGUGUCCACUGAUGGAAAUAAGCGCUUCAGUUUUAUGCUUUUUUAAAUUACCUUAUGAAUGUAUAAACGUUGUAAAACUUUUAGAUUUGUGGAAGAAUUUGACCAAAUAUCUCACGUCAGUUUCCAAAGUGUUUGAUUUAAAUUAAGUUAUAAAUGUUUCUGAAUGCAAAUGUAAUUUCUCUCUUUUCACAAAGUUUACCAGCACAGCUGUCAUCAAACUGGACCCUUUACUGGAUAUUUAAAGGGGUCUAACAACUAAAUCUGAAAUAUGCAGCAGACGAGUUGUUUUGUCCUCUACGCUGUUAUUUAGUUCAUCUUCUGUUUCCUCAUUUAUACAUAGUAACAAGCAUUUUUUUGAACAUUUAGUUAAAGUCAGUGUUUUAUGGCACACUGCGUUUUUUAUUACAGUUGUAUUUAUGCGUUGUAUUUGCUCACUGUCAUCGGCUUUGUUAAGCAUAUCUUUAAAAGAUAAGUAUGUUCCUCACUCAGCUUCUUACUACAGGAACACUGAAAGGUUUGAAGGAUCUGUUGUAUAUUUCUCCCACUAAUGAAGUUGGAGCAACAUUUGAAUCAACAUUUUUUGGUUGUGCUGAGUUUCUUUGAGUCACACCAGUAACGUACUCGUGGAGCAGACUGGGUCAACAGUUUUCUUUUUCGUUUGCAAUAAAUUUACCUGAUGACAUUUUACUCUGGAUCUUUCCUUGAAUAGAAAAAUGUGAAAACGAGCUCAAAUCUUCAGGAGGUUAAAAUCAUACACGUGUCUUUGUUCUUCAUAUUAGUUUCAGGGCUGAGCGGCCGAUCAGGCAGAGAGAACGCACUAAUAACACGUCUCAGCUCGUCUCAGGGCGGCUCUGAGCCAGAAACCAAAACCUCGAGCUUCAUCAAAAGUCGUUGCUAAGUGUGUGAUUGUUUCAAAAGAUGGGAAAACAAAAUAGAAAACUGACAGUGCAAA